AUGAAUACAUAUACUGAACAACCACCAUGCCGCUGCGAAUUUGUUUACGACUGGGUGGAGAAGCAUCAAAUAUAUUUUGAUAACCCAGAACUCACCUACAACCUCAAUCUUAACUGUUCAAAACCAGUUAUGUAUUCGGGAGAAGAUCAGCCAGCCGUCACGCACUGUGGAGCUGCUACAAUACAGAGGAAAAAGAAAGCUGUCAACUACAGAACAACACCGCUGUUUUAUGAACCUAAGCUGUUUAAACUAGAUCCAGCCUUUUUUGUAGAAGAAUCGGAAUAUUCUGAUGAAGAGUCAGAAUAUUUUGGAGAAGAGUUAGAGUAUUCGGAAGAAGAUUCAGAUACGUCUGAAAAAGAAUCAGAGCCUUUUGAAAUACAGACAGAAUCUAAUGAUGAAAAGCGAGGAUCUUCUGAAGAAGAGACAGUAUCUUCUAAAGAAAAGAUAGAGUAUUCUAAAAAAGAGUCAAAGUCCUCUAAAGAAGAAAUCCAAGCUUUUGAACUAGAACCCCAAUCUUUGAACGAAGAAAACCAAACGUUUGAGGAAGCGUAUCCAUACUUUGGAGAAGAGGCAAUCUCUUCAGCAGCAACAUUUGUACAACAGCCCGAAUAUUCAGAAGCAGGGUCAUCCUAUUUAGCACAUCAAGCCCCAUAUAUGAGUCAACAGUAUUAUUCGCAACAACCACACUUCGGACUUCAGACCGCCGAUAUGAAACCAGUACCUUCAUAUUAUGGAACACAGUCUCAAUAUUACAAGCCAAUGCCUCCUUACUACGCGCCAAUGCCCUUAUAUUACGGGCCAGCGGCCUUCCAGUGUGGUAUAGUGCCAGGAUACAAUAGGCAUUAUUAA